UCGGAAGAAAAAAAAGAAAAUGAUUGUUCAGACAAAAAGCCCGAGACAAACCCCAUCCUCAUUAUAACACCCAAAACUCCCUUUCCCCUCCUCGGCCGGCAACACCACUCAUUCCCCCUUUUGCUUCCAUCUCAUGUCCUUGUUCCCUCACACGCCGGCCUACUCUUCUUCUUCUGGCGCUUAUUUUUCGAUAUGAAUUUGCUAAUUGGCUCACACACUCGGAGGUCGUUUUCUGCGUCGUGAUCUGUGCACACUUUUUGUGGGUUUGAUUUAUAGAAUUUGAGUUGGGUUUGGUUUGGUUUUGGUUUUGGUGGUGGUGGUGGUGGUGGUGACGUGGGGUUGGGGUUUUUUUUUGUCGUUUGAUGGAGGGAAGAGAACGGGGUGUCAUAGCUGUAAAGGCCCACUCUUUGUUUAUUUGACUCUGUUGGACUUGGAUUCCUACUUACAGUUCCUUUCCUUCCUUUCUUCCCCACCUUUACUUUUGGUUAAAGAAAUCGUCUUUAGGUCUCUCUUCUCCACCCAAAUGGACCUGCUUUGUUAGAACCCACUCAAGCCAGCUCCUCUGCUCCUCUUUUCGGCUAUGCCUCCUGCUAGGAAGGUUUCUGAGUUUUUCAGAGAAGGCAAUGACUGGUUUUGCAAAGCCGGAUUGCCGAGUGAUAUUACUGUUGUGGUGGACGGUGUAAGGUUCCAUCUUCAUAAGUUUCCUCUCAUAUCAAAAUGUGGGAAGAUAGCACGUUUAUAUGAAGAGUCCGAAAGGAAACAUGAGAAGAUUUUCACUACAGUUCUUGAGGAAUUCCCUGGUGGCUCUGACAUGUUCCUGCUCGCAGCUAAAUUCUGCUAUGGUACGCGGGUGGAAUUGACUUCAAGAAACAUAGUAAUGGUGUACUGUGCAGCAGACUACCUUGAAAUGAUAGAUGAGUUUGGAGAAGAAAACUUACUCUCAAAGUCGGAGAGUUUUUUCUAUAAGAAUAUACUUCACAACUGGAAAGACUGUAUCUUGGCUCUUCAAAGUUCUGAGCCUGUUCUCCAAAGGGCAGAAAAACUUCACAUAAUAAACAAAUGUGUAAAUGCUUUAUCGGUGAUGGUUUGUACUGAUCCUAGUUUAUUUGGGUGGCCCAUGAUGAUGUAUGGUAGCUUACAGAGUCCUGGUGGAAGCAUCCUAUGGAAUGGAAUUAAUACUGGAGCAAGGAUUCGAAGCUCUGAGUCUGAUUGGUGGUUUGAAGACAUCUCAUACCUCAGUGUGAGUUUGUUUGAGAGACUCAUCAAGGCAAUGGAAACGAAGGGCAUAAGACCCGAAAACAUUGUAGGUGCUGUAAUGCACUAUACCAGAAAAUACCUACCUGGCCUGGGCAGAUGGCAGGGUGGACAACAUAGUAUACCCAGGACAGUUACAAGUUUUAGUUUUACACCCAUUGCCCUUGAUCAAAGGGUAGUUUUAGAAAGCAUUGAGAAACUUCUUCCCCAAAAGAAGGGUAAAUCAUUUUGCCGGUUUUUGCUCGGACUUCUUCGUGUUGCAUUAAUAUUGGGAGCCAGUCAAACCUGCAAGGACUCUUUAGAGAAGAGAAUAGGCAGACAACUGGAAUUUGCAACUUUAGAUGGUCUUCUGAUUCCUACAUAUUCAGAUGCUGAGACAUUGUAUGAUAUUGACACUGUUCAACGGAUAAUCCAACAUUUUAUGUCAUCAGAAUCGAAGGUUACACCAUUUUCUCCAGCAUCAGUUGAACCGGAAACAUCUCCAUCAUCGGGACCAUUAAGGUUAGUGGCAAAGCUGAUAGAUAGCUACAUUGCGGAGGUUGCUUCAGAUGUUGCUCUAAAGCCUGGAAAGAUACGCUCUCUUGCAGAGGCUCUUCCAGAUUCUUCAAGAACUUUGCAUGAUGGGCUGUAUCGGUCACUUGAUAUAUACUUCAAGGCGCAUCCUUGGCUCACAGAUAAGGAGAAGGAAGAACUUUGCAACAUCAUUGACUUCCAGAAACUCUCUAUUGAUGCAUGUGCCCAUGCAUCCCAAAAUGAAAGGUUGCCGCUUAGAGUUGUUCUUCAAGUCCUGUUCUUUGAGCAGAUGCAUUUGAGAACUGCUCUAGCUGGUCAUCUGAAUGUCUUGGAAACAGAAAGUGCCCCUACAGGUCCUGUUAAUGUCCAAGCUGAGAUGGCUGGCCAGAUUAUACAGAGGGAUGGGUGGGUGACUAUGGUGCGUGAGAACCGGGUUUUAAAGGUGGAUAUGGACAAGAUGAGAUCUAGAGUUGGUGAGCUCGAACAAGAAUUUAGUAAAAUAAAGCAAGAGAUGAAAAAGGUGUCCAAAUCACAUAGUUCCCUCAGUUCGCCUCGUGUGGUUGCCAGGAGAAUUGGGUGCAAUCUUCUUUCACGACCUUCAGAUGAUAAACCAGUGACCAUUGGAAGUACCGCGCCCUCCCCAAGAGCAUCAGUUGAGCAGGCACGUUUUUCCUGCCAUUCUAGACACAAGAAAAGUUUUUCAUUGUUUUGACUUUUGAGAGAUAGUACAAAGAAAAUGGAACACUGCCAUUCUAGAGGUUCUGGUUGGUCCUCAGAAAAUAUCUGAAAAAGGAAGGGAAAUUCUAAAAUUGACAUCAUCAUUGAGAUCUUUUGAAUGUUUUGAGCUUCCUUCACAUUUCUGUGAACCAACCAGAAUUGUAUCGGCAGUGUCUGGAUGGAGGACGGUAUGACUUAUUUCAUACCAUAGAAGAUUGUUCUUUUACAGUUGGAUUUUGUUCAAGUACUGAGAGAAAUUCUUUUUGAGUAGGGAUUGGCAGGAAGAACUUUUGAAAUCAUAAAAAUGAAGAAAUAGAAAACAAGUAAAUA